ACCUGUGACCGGGCAGCGGCCGAGGGCAGGGCAGAGGCUGGCAUGUCCCUGACUGAGGGCAUGGCCAACUCAAACAGCCAGACUCAGGCCAACUCAGAGACUGACAUCAUGACUGCACGGACUGUGUUAGCCACGGUGAAGGACAUUCUAGAGAGACUCGCGUCCUGCGACACUGUGGACGCCAAGCUGCAAACGGACAUUGUGAGCCUGACAGAAAAACACCCUGCUCACGUGGUCAUGAGCCUCCUGCACUGUGCCCCAUUGUGUGACAGAGCUGCCACACUGAUGUGGAGGGCCAUGGGCAGCUCGGAAGUAGCCGCAAAGGAGGUGCUUCCAGCGCUGCUCUCUGUGCUAGAGAAGCAGCCACCGUACAGCACAUUCUUCUGCAGCGGGGACGAGGCCAUCUUUGCCCUGGCUGCAACUCUGGUGCUGUGGAGGAUUGCCCCCAUGUCUGAGUGGCACGACGCAAUACUCCUUCAUUCUCCCCAGCUGUUUGUGGAUCUGCUCUUGCAAAUUUUCACUACCACAGAGCAGAUGCCAGAGGACGCUGAGACCCGGAGUUUCUGGAGAGUGUGCUGGGAGGAACAUGGCCUUCCCAGUGACCCCAACAGGUUUGCAGCGCAGACCAUGAAGGCUCUGCUCUCCCAACUGGGUUUUGACAAGAAGCUGGUGGCUCUGGAGCACCUGCAGGUCUGGGACGCCCUGCUCUCUCCUGACACCCAGCACGAGGCAGCGGGCCUGCUGGCCAGGGAGAUGCGCCAUGGCUUGAGCCCCCUGUGUCCCCACAUGGCCUCGCACCUGCUCAGCCUGCUCAUCGGGAAGCAGCCACGCUGGGAGCUGCCUGCCCUGGCGUUCUUGGUGGAGCUCCUGGAGUGUCUGGACUUGAGCCAACACGGUCCCAGUGCCCUGUGGGUCGUAUCCAGGCACCUGCCGAGCGAGUGCAGGGACAGGCUGCGCCUGCAGCUCAGAGGCCUCGUGGUGCUCAGCAAGGAGCCCUCGCUGAGCGGAGAAAUACGCGGCCUCUAUCAACACCUGCUGGAGCAUCUGGCUGAUCCCGAUGCAGAGAUGGUCUGGAUGACCCUCUCUGUGCUCACACAUGUGCUCCAGGACAGAGACCAUAAGAUACCCAGCAUCACCACCCUCAAGCUGGCUGAGGCCAUGCUGCCACACUUUGACAAUGACAACAGCCAGGUGCAGCUGCUCUCCAUUCAGCUCUUCAGCAAAGUGAUGGAGCUGGUAGUGGAAGAGGGGGAAGAGCCUCUCACGAGAAUCGUGAGCCAGAGCCUGCUCCCUCUAUUCCUGCGCUGGCACGAUGAGAACCUGCACGUGGCCAAGGCCUCUCACAAAGCCCUGCUUUGUGCGGCACGCUUCCUGAGGAGGACAGACCUCGAGGAGCUGCUGACGAAGGAGUAGCGGAUGAAGUUUGCCCAGAGC